AUGAACCUGCCCUCAGAAAUUUUGGUUGAGAUUCUGUCGAGGCUCCCUGCUCGAGCUAUAAACCGAUGCAAGUGCGUGUGCAAAACCUGGCUCGAGCUAUUUUCCAACCCAGAAUUUGUAGCCCUGCAUUUUGCCAGGGCUCGUCCAGGCCUUGUCGUCCAUCAAUCUGAAAUGUUUAAGAAUUUCAUGAAGUUGGUGGAAUUUGAAGAUGAGAUUAAUCAUCAUGAUCUUGAUGAUGCUUCACUUGUGAAACUUGAUCUCACGAGGUUAAGUGAAUUCUCUGAUGCUAAUAUAGUUCUUGAUGGCUCUGUUAAUGGCUUAUUGUGCUUGAGGGAUACAAAUUACGAACACGAAACUGUUUACAUGUGUAAUCCCAUUACGCGGGAAUAUGUUAGGCUCCCGGCUCCUGAGGGAGUCGUUCGGUAUCCUAGCAUAGCCACAUAUGGAUUCGGGGUAAGCAGAGUAGCUGGUGAAUACAAAGUGGUUCGGGUUUUUCAUGACCAGGUUCUUGACCCUAUUAGUCAAAACUGCAUUAGAAUUCCGCAUUCUGAGUGUUAUGUCUACACCCUCGGAACCGGGUCUUGGAGAAUCAUUAAUGGAGAAAUGUCGAAUUUCGCAUAUAGCGGCCGUAAUCGAUCCGUCGGGUUGUUUUUCAAUGGAAAUGUUCAUUGGUUGAUACAAGAUUUAGACGAUACUCAUGAAUUGAUUUCAUGUUUUGAUCUCGAGAAUGAAGUGUUUCAACCAUUCCCAUCUCCAUUUCAGGGCAGGCAAGAACUUCUGGUGAGUCUCGGAGUUCUACAGGAUCAUCUAUGUUUAUGCGAUAAUACUUCAUACUUUGAGAUCAACAUCUGGGUUAUGAAGGAAUACCGAGCGAAGGAAUCGUGGACUCGACAAUAUGUCAUCAGUAAAAUGACGGAGCUAAUAGGGCCAACAUUUGAAGUCGUCUAUCCAUUGAAAGUUUUUAAAGAUGGUGUUAUUAUGGUGUUAUGGGGGGACUUCUUUAUGCUGUACUGUCACAAUAAGAGUGAAUUCGGGCAACAAGUCGACAUAGAACAACCACAAGGGCCUAAUAGAAUCGAGGCAAUGCUUCAUGUUUCAAGCCUUCUUUCACUCAAAACCUUUGGGUUGGAGAAUGUUAGUAACUUCUGA